AUCCGCGCUCCCAUUGGCCGAGCCUCUCUUCAUCAGCCGUCUCCGUCCACUUUAAACCGGACUGCUCAUUGUAAGAAACCGUUAGAUGUGAGAAUUACCUUAACGACACGAUUUGUACCUUUAAAAUGAGUCGCGUUGACCCGUCCCGCGGAAGAAAGUAGUCCCACACGCGGAACCGCCGUCGCCCUCGAUGGCGUUAAACGGCCACCGAGGCGACAUCGAAGUCAACAACGACGAGGACGAAACGCCCACGAAGCCACUGCGCUCUGCGAGGGAGGAGAUGACGCCCGACGACCCUGCGGACGAGCCGGCCGGCGGGACCGCGACAACCGGGGGACCAGGCGCCUCUGCCCGGGGAGCGUCCCUCCAUCGUCCGGGGACGACCAGGAGCGACUCGCUGAGGAGGAGCCGACCACCUUUCCCCUGGUUCGGCAUGGACAUCGGCGGUACACUGGUGAAGCUGGUCUACUUCGAGCCGAAGGACAUCACGGCGGAGGAGGAGCAGGAGGAGGUGGAGAACCUCAAAAGCAUCCGCCGAUACCUGACAUCCAACACGGCGUACGGGCAGACGGGGAUCCGCGACGUGUACCUGGAGCUCAAGGACCUGUCGCUGUGCGGCCGGACGGGGAACCUGCACUUCAUCCGCUUCCCGACCUAUGACCUUCCCGCCUUCCUGCAGAUGGUCCGCAACAAACACUUCUCCAGCCUGCACACCACGCUGUGCGCCACGGGGGGCGGCGCGUACAAGUUCGAGACCGACUUCCGAACGAUGGCAGAUCUGCAGCUGCAGAAGCUGGACGAGCUGGACUGCCUGAUCCGGGGGGUCCUCUUCACCGAGUCGGUGGUGGUCAGCGACCCGUCGGAGUGCUACUACUUCGAGAACCCCAGCGACCCCGAGCGCUGCGAGCAGAAGCCCUACGGGCUUCAGGACCCCUACCCCCUGCUGCUGGUCAACAUCGGGUCGGGGGUCAGCAUCAUGGCCGUGUACUCGGAGACGGACUACAAGAGGGUCACCGGGACCAGCCUCGGUGGGGGGACCUUCCUGGGUCUGUGCUGCCUGCUGACUGGCUGCUCCACCUUCGAGGAGGCCCUGGAGAUGGCGUCAGAGGGGGAGAGCACGCGCGUGGACAAGCUGGUGAAGGACAUCUACGGCGGGGACUACGAGCGCUUCGGCCUCCCCGGCUGGGCCGUGGCCUCCAGCUUUGGCAACAUGCUGACGUCGGAGAAGCGGGAGGGCGUGUCCAAGGCGGACCUGGCCCGCGCCACGCUGGUCACCAUCACCAACAACAUCGGCUCCAUCACCCGCAUGUGUGCCCUCAACGAGAACAUCAACAAGGUGGUGUUUGUGGGGAACUUCCUGCGGGUGAACACCUUGUCCAUGAAGCUGCUGGCCUACGCCAUGGACUACUGGUCCAAAGGACAGCUCAAGGCCCUGUUCCUCAGACACGAGGGGUACUUUGGAGCUGUGGGGGCGCUGCUGGAGCUCCUGCAUCCGUCCUAGGAGGAGAGGAAGAGGAGGAGGAGGAGGAAGAGGAGGAGGACCACGAGGAAGCACUUUAAACCUCCUGUACGGCUAGCCACUAACACCUCGAGGCUAACGCGCUAACAUCUAGAGGCCGAGCUGCUCAUCUAUGGAUGAUGCUAACUUCUAGAUGCUAACAUCAAGAUGCUAGGAUGCGUACAUCUCAAGGCUAAGCUGCUAAUAUCUGGAUUCUGACUUCUGGAAGCUAAGAUGCUAGCAUCAAGAUGCUAGGAUGCUUACAUCUCGAGAGGCUAAGCUGCUAAUAGCUUGACGCUAACUUCUAGACGAUAAGAUGGUUAUAUCUAUGUGAUACGGUGCUGAUAUCCAGAUCCUACAGAUGCUAAAGUCUAGAUGUCCCAGAUGUUGUCAUGCACAAGCUUCCUGAGUCAUGUGGGCGUCGGCGUCGACGGCUACUUGUUCUUGCUCUGGAUCUUGAGUGACUGUUCUUGUGCUGUUCUUGGCGUCCGUUUGUGUGUGUGGGCGUGUCCCUACCGCUGUGUGAACAGUGUGUGGAUCUAGAAUGAGUUUAGCUUCAGUUGAUCCUCCUUGGGAAAUGGGGACCGAAAGCGCUCCAAAUAUCAGCGAUUCUGAACGUUUCAUAUGGGCGGGGCUUGUUGCAGUAGUAGUGGUACGAGGUGUUAUAGUAAAAGUAUACUUUAGGAAUCCAAAGAAUAUGUUGACCGUUGUGACAAUCAAGAGUGGUACUGUUGUCAGUGCCACACACCUGGACCUUACGGUAACUGAACUGGUAAACUGGUAGCUGAGACAAUAUAUUAUCAACCGGGGGGGGCUGCUUCUGUCAGGGAAUGUUUGUGGAGAUUCGCUUAAAACCUCAAACCCGUCCCAAAGUGGAGGCCUUUUGUUUCUUGCGAUAGCAGCUUGAAGUGAAUCCCAGCGCUCAACACGGAAAGAUAUGAGUGUUGCUUCUGAUUAUAUUGCAAGGCCUGUGUGUGAGUUUGUGUGUGUGUUUUCCAUGUUUGCAUUUUCAAACCAAAAAGUCAUAAAUGCACUGAUAAACGAUUAUCUGCAGCUGCUGUUUUUUCUAUGAGAGUGAAAUGUAUUUUAGUAUACCAGAAUAUGUUGUUUUUCAAGCACUAGGACAAUUUGUAUGUGAUAAAAAUUAUCAUUCAGAUGAAAAUCAAAGCCUCCUUAUUGAAUGAUGUCCAUAACGUUCUGGUUCAGUGUUCAGAGGAUUUAAAUCAGGCGAUUUAGGGACCAUGUUUCUCCAUCUCAUUCAAAUUCAGGUAGCAGAGACAUUUCCACUUGUUGUGGUUGAAGGACUUCUGAACCUUUAAAACUAAACGUGCCUGUAUGGUCUUUUCUGCCAUUGAUAAUGGUUAAACUUAUUCUACAUUUCUAAUCUACUCCAAAAGUUCCCCUCUGUUGGCUCCUUCAGAGGGUCGACUUGCACUAAAAUGUUCCAACGGUUUUGUACGGGAAUGUUUCAGCAAAUAAAAAAAAACCUUCAUCCAA